CAGAACAAUAUAAUUUAGAUUCAAUAGUAUCUCUAACUAGUCUGUGGAUUCAAUUGAUUCGAUUGAUGGAUUCGAUGAAUUUAAUAUCAUGGUACCUUGUUAAUAUCACAUUGGAAAAAUCUAAAAAUGAUGUAUAAUAGUAAGUACACGAUAUCUACUUAAACUUUAAUGGAACACUAACAGUUAAAUCUGUCGUACGGAUAGUUGUAGACAGAAUCCUUUAGUUUCACUUUCAAUGGACAGAAUUGGGUAGGAAAAGAUUAGAAAAUAGAAAACUAUUAAAAUACAAAGGACCUAUCACAGAAGAAAUUAAUCAAAAAUAUAAAAUGGACCCGAAAGAAGUUGUAGAACAUCUGGUGGCGUUAAAAGUAAUGAGAUUAACGAAACCAGCUUUAAUUAGUCCGAAAAUAGUUACUUGUGACUCAAAAGAUUUACCUGGAAAUAUUUUAAAUAAUUAUUUGAAGGAUGAUGCGACAUCGGUGACUCAAAUGGAGACUUUAGCUGCUGGCCAAUUUUUACUGCUACCUCAAAGUUUUGGAAAUAUCUACUUAGGGGAAACGUUUUCGUGUUAUGUCUGUGUUCAUAAUGAAACAAAUCAACCGGUACAAAGUGUUUCUAUCAAAGCUGACCUGCAGACUAAUUCUCAAAGAAUACCACUUACCACACAGCAUAGUCAAUCACCAACAAUGCUUGAUGUUGAUGAGACACUGAGUGAUGUAAUACAUCAUGAAGUUAAAGAUCUUGGUACUCACAUCUUAGUUUGUGAAGUUACAUAUAUGUCUAAAUACAGUACACUGGCUUCAUUCAGAAAGUUCUUUAAAUUUGAAGUAAUGAAACCAUUGGAUGUGAAAACCAAAUUUUACAAUGCAGAAUCAGAUGAUGUCUACCUAGAAGCACAAGUGCAAAACGUUACAUCUGGGCCAAUAACGCUUGAGCAAGUAUCAUUAGAAAGUUCCCAGCAGUUUACUGUGAAAUCCUUAAAUGAGAUUGGUGAUGGGCAGUCUGUUUUUGGAGACGUCACUUUACUUCAGCCCCAGGAAAGUUGCCAAUACUUGUACUGUUUGACACCUAAAGAAAACAUAGUUAAAGAAAUUAAGUUGCUUACAGCAGCUAAGAAUGUGGGUAAAUUUGACAUAGUGUGGAGAUCUAAUUUGGGGGAAAAAGGAAGACUUCAAACAAGUCAGUUACAAAGGAUGACUACUGAUUAUGGAGAUGUUAGACUAACUUAUGAAAUGUUACCCAGUAAAGUUACUGUGGAUGAACCAUUUAAUUUUAAAUGUAAAAUUGUAAAUGCCAGUGAGAGAACUCUUAAUCUUAUAAUGAAAUUGAGGUCUCUUCAAGAUUCUAGCCUACUGUGGUGUGGAAUAUCCAAUAGAAAACUAGGACCAUUAGAGCCUGGAAAAUUCACAUAUGUCAAUCUUACUGCUUUACCGAUCAAUACAGGACUUCACAGCAUUUCUGGUCUUUCAUUAGUUGAUUUAUUUUUAAAGAGGACUUAUGAUUAUGACUCUUUGGCUUCCAUUUAUGUGUGUUAAAUAGGCUGC